AAACUUACUACAAAAAACUGAUUCAUAUUUUAGACGAUUCCUUUAAAUACUGUCGUGUGCACGUUUCGAGCUACAAUUUUUUUUUUAAACUAUGGAAAAUAUUAAAACCAACCCUACAGGAUCGCUUAUCAGUAACGUGAUUAGUUCUCUUGAAAAGAAAUUAAAUUUCAAAAACGAAAUAAAGUGGUCGAUGUUCUUUUUAAUCACUCUGUACCAUGUGCUUGGUGCAUUUUGGUGUUAUUAUUUUGCUUUUCCUGUAAAAUGGCAAACACUUGUAUUCGCAGCAAUAAUGUACAUAGUAACAGGAUUCGGAAUAACAGGCGGCGCACAUAGACUGUGGACACACAAAUCUUAUAAGGCGAAAACGCCGCUCAAAGUAUUGCUGCUAUUUUGCUUCGCUGGUGCCGGACAGAAUUCCCUCUUCCAAUGGGUCCGUGACCAUAAGGUCCAUCACAAAUUCAGCGACACCAACGCAGACCCUCACAACGCGCACCGAGGUUUGUUCUUCUCACACAUCGGAUGGCUAAUGAUGAAGAAAAACAAAGAGGUCGUGUUAGCUGGCAAACAAAUUGAUAUGAGCGAUUUGGAUAACGAUAAAAUGCUCAAAUGGUUUGAUAGGAAUUUCGACCUUCUCAAAUUAAUAGUCUGUCACAUACUUCCUACAACAAUCAGCAUUGUAUUGUGGAAUGAAGAUUGGACAUGUGCCGUAGCAUGGCAAAGCUUCAUCAGAUUUUUGGGCAUGUUUCACAGUGAGCUCACAGUUAACAGUCUCGCACAUGCAUAUGGAUACAAGCCUUAUAACAAGAAUAUAGUCCCAUUUGAAAACCGCUUUGUGGCUACGGUUACGCUCGGCGAGGGCUGGCACAACUAUCACCAUGCAUUCCCGUUUGACUACAAAGCAGCGGAACACUUCGAUUUAUUUAAUUUCACCACAUUUUUCAUCAAAGGUUUCGAAAAGAUUGGUUGGGCCUACGAUUUAAGAGAAACGACCCCUGAAAUGAUAAAUUCUAUUGCAAAUAGAUUAGGCGACGGUACUCCGGUACAUUUCCCUUUGCCUGUAAGCGACACAAACGGCAAAAAUUCUGAAUAAAAAUAUAAAUUACUUUAAAUGGAUGUAUGAUUAUGUACAGUUUUAUAUAUUA